UUCACCGUGCAGAGAUCUGUGUGCUCGGACGAUCUGCACGUAAUAGUUUACAAUCAUUCUGAUCAUAUCUCAGUUAUAGUUGGUUGGUUGAUCGGACCACUACGGAUUCGUAUUCCAAUUUUCAUUGAUGUAUCUCUAUAAAAACGCAGUGGCUGCCAUGUUGGCGUUGUUGUCGCGUCAGUCCUUGGCAUGGACUCUCACGAAACAUUGCGGCGGACCCGGGUCGAGAACCCUCGCAGCAUCGUCGGUUUCGAGUCGAAUGCUGACUUCCCUUUCGGCAGACGCCACUGCUACCCCGGCGGAAAGCCCGGCCACCGCCGAUCGAAUUUCGCGACAAGAUUUGAGCCUCGACAUCCGAACGAUUGUUUCGGAUACCGAUAUGGUCCUCUCCCACAUGAAAUCUCGCCGGGCAUCCGACGAAGCGCUCGAGGCGGUCAACACCAUUGCAUCCCUUCAAUCGAAGCGCGUGGCCUUGAUUCAAGAACGCGACAACUUUUUGAACCAGCGAAAGGAGGCCAGCGCGCAGGUUGGUCAGCUCAUGCGCAAACUCAACAGCAAGAACGACGAAGACGUUGACAAAGAAGCAGCCGCCGCCGAAGUGGACAAGCAAAAGGAAUUGAGUGCCACGGCCGCGGAAGGGGCCCAGAAGGCCGACGAAGAACUCGAGUCCAUUCAAAAGGUGAUGGACGACAUGCUUGCCGGCAUUCCCAACCUCCUGGACGAUAAGGUUCCCGACGGCGACGACGAAAACGAAAACGAGGUCGUCUCCGAGUGGGGAGACGUCGAGGCCCUGCCCAAGAAACUGGAAUGGACCGAAGAUUUCGAACCGAAAUGGCACGACGAUGUAGCCAUGGGACUCAAUGGAUACCAAUCCGAAGCGGCCGUCAAGAUGAGCGGAACGCGUUUUGUUGCUCUGAGCGGACCGAUUGCCCGAUUGGAGCGAGCCCUGGCCAUGUUCUUUCUCGACUUGCACACAGGAAAGCACGGAUACACAGAAGUCAGUGUGCCGUACAUUGUUGGGCGAUCGGCCCUAGAGGGCACUUCCCAGCUGCCCAAAUUCCAAGAGGAUCUCUUUGCCAUCACUCCGGAGUCGCACACUUGCAAUGGAGAGGAUGCCUUCUUAAUUCCAACGGCCGAAGUCCCCGUUACCAACCUGCACGCCGAUACCAUUCUAGAAGAAAAAGAUUUGCCUCUCUCCUAUGUGGCAUGGACGCCCUGCUUCCGGGCCGAAGCAGGCAGUUCCGGCCGUGACACCAAGGGAUUGAUUCGCACCCACCAAUUUCAAAAGGUCGAGCUCGUCAAAAUUACAACCGCCGACAAAUCGGACGAGGAACACGAGCUCCUCACCAGUCAUGCCGAGGCGUGUCUACAGGCAUUGGAGCUUCCCUACCGAAAGGUUCGAUUGUGCUCCGGGGAUAUUGGUUUUUCUGCACGACACUGCUACGAUUUGGAGGUCUGGUUGCCGGGCGCUGCAGAAUACCGCGAAAUCUCAUCGUGUAGCAACACGGGAGAUUUCCAGGCUCGUCGAAUGGCAAUGCGAUACCGCCCAGAACCUCCUCCGGCACCCGCGGGCGAGGAAGGGAAGAAGAAGAAAAAGCCAAAGAAAAUGAAACCGGAGCUCUGCCACACAAUCAACGGAAGUGGAUUGGCGGUUGGCCGAACACUGGUUGCUAUUUUGGAGAACUACCAACAACCCGAUGGAAGCGUACUGGUCCCAGAAGUCCUCCGGCCAUAUAUGGGAGGCGCCGAGAUCCUCAAAGCGUAGAUAUAAUACCUAAUGUUUUUAUUUGCUCUCAAGAUAGUGUGAUUUUCUCUUUGUUGUUUAUAUGUGUUAUCACUUAAGAACAUUGGUAGCUGUAAUUUUAAAAUGAGUUGAUUAUCAUUGCAACAAUUCCACCAAUCCCCCCAUCACCCAUAUUAGCCAAAACGAAAAAAUUGAAAGCCACCAGCCCAAACCCAACCGCCGUCAGUGUCGUCGCAUCGAUGUUGUCGAUCAUGUCCACACGAACUUUCAUUUGUUCUUUUUCUGGUUUUCUUGAGCUUCGUUCGAUUUCUGCGUCUGAAAAGCCAUAGUCUUGGAGCGACCUUCUGUUUUCACCCGGUCCAUCCUCCUGCUCCGACAUCCUUAACGCGACUACUCCAGAAUCAGCGAUUGCUUCCCAAGGCGAUGGCGUUUUGAAGGAAGGAAUCGCCGGUGUCGAACCAGAGCUCGCGAGAAACGCACUUGCGCAGCCAAACCGAAGCAUAACACCGAGGAUGAGCACUGUGGUGCUACAGAAGAGCAGAUGAGAAGAAGAUUUCAUCGUUAUAGCAGGAUGUCAAAUUAUUGUUAUGAAGAACAAACUUGAGAGUUUUCUCGUUAAAACGCUCAUUCUCAUUGCACAUCCCGUCGUACGUUAUAGAGGAUGUACCAUAUCUCUAGUCGACAUGACAAUUUCUAAAAAAAAUCCCAUACAAACAACGUUCGUUCCUCCUUGGUGUGAUCAACUGAAUUUACAGUACGGUACGGUAAAGUACUACAAUACACACAACAUUGAACU